UCCUCACUCGCACACACACACACUCUGGGAACACCUUUCCUACUCCUUGCUCUUGCUUGGAAUUCUUUCUGUUUUCUUGUUUGUUUUCUGUGCCUCUUUAUUAUUUUAUUUUCGAUUCACACUCAAAGACAUGACGGCGAGGCUGUUGACAAUUCUCCUGCUUCUGCCCAAUUCGCCGAGUCGCGCGGCAGGUCCCUGUUCUUCUGGGAAUGCAAUCACUUGUGAAGAAUGUCUGAGGCUUGGCCCACAGUGUGCUUGGUGUUUUCAAAAGGACUUCAGUGUGGAUUUAAAUUCUGGAGGAAGGUGCGACGUUGCCAGCGACCUCUUUCAUCGAGGAUGUUCCCUGGAAUUUAUCGAGUUCUCCAUCAGCCACGUUCGUGUGAUAAGGAACGAGACUUUAAGCUGGAGCAGGGAGACGGGGGACGAGGGAAGGGUCCAAAUGUCUCCACAGAAACUUGUUCUGAAUCUGCGUCCAGGUAAUCCAGUGACGUUUGCAGUGGAUGUGCGCCAGGCUGAAGAUUAUCCCGUUGAUCUUUACUACCUCAUGGACCUUUCUGCCUCUAUGAUCGAUGACUUGGCCAGAAUUAAAUUGCUGGGCUCCUCUCUGUCCAGAGAGAUGGCCAAAUUAACCAGCAACUUUAAACUUGGCUUUGGAGCGUUCGUAGACAAGCCCGUAUCUCCUUUUAUGAAAACAAAUCCCGUUGACAUAAACAACCCCUGCCGGGAUGCCGAUGAGUACUGUUUACCUACAUUCAGCUAUAAACACAUGCUGUCACUGACUGAAGACACCACAAAGUUUAACGAAGUUGUUAGAAAUCAACAAAUUUCAGCAAACCUGGAUACUCCGGAAGGAGGAUUUGACGCAAUCUUGCAAGCAUCUGUAUGCAAGAAAAAGAUUGGUUGGCGAAAUGAAUCCUUGCACCUGCUGGUAUUUGUGAGUGAUGCUGACACACAUUUUGGGAUGGACAGCAAGUUGGCUGGUAUCGUUGUACCUCACGAUGGGAAGUGUCACCUGGACAGUCAGAACACCUACGCCAAGGCGACAGCAAUGGAAUAUCCUACCCUUGGGCAGCUCACAGAAAAACUUGUGGAAAAUGAUAUCCUGUUGAUUUUUGCCGUGACCAAGAGUCAGCUGAGCACAUACAAGAAUUAUGCACAAUUUAUACCUGGCGCCACUGUGGAGGUUCUUGCAAGUGAUUCUGGGAAUAUCCUUCAGUUGAUUAUAAACGCAUAUAAGGAGCUACGAUCUGAAGUGGAACUGGAAGUGACAGGAGAGAGUGAGGAGGUACAGUUUUUCUUCACCGCUAUCUGCCAGGGUGGCACAGUCUUUCCUGGAGAGAAGAAAUGCUCUCAUCUCAAGAUUGGAGAGAAGGUUUCUUUCAAUGUGACCGUUGAGCUGACUGAAUGUCUGAAGGAACCCAAGCAUAUUGUGAUUAAGCCGGUAGGAUUCAGAGACGCUCUGGAGAUUGAGGUGCAUUCUGCCUGUAACUGCGGUUGCCAAAUCAAUGCAGAGCUGAACAGCUCAAGGUGCUAUGGCAACGGCACACUUCAGUGUGGAGUGUGUGUUUGCAACCCUGGCCAAUUUGGGCCUCACUGCGAGUGUGCAGAGGAAGACAUCAAAGUUGGCAGCUGUAAGCAUCAUGCAGGCAACGUCUCCUGCAGUGGGCGUGGUGACUGUUACUGUGGGCAGUGUGCCUGCCACCCAUCCGAGUUUGGCCAGGUAUACGGAUCCUACUGCGAAUGUGAUGACUUCUCCUGCAUGCGGUUUAAAGGGCUUCUCUGUGGAGGGCACGGAUCGUGUGACUGCGGGGACUGCCGCUGUGACCAGGGAUGGACGGGGGAAUACUGCAACUGCACGACUCACACAGACGCAUGCAUCUCUGAAGAUGGAACCCUCUGCAGUGGCCACGGGGAAUGCACUUGUGGAAAAUGUACCUGCACUCAUCCGGGGGCCUCCGGAGAUAGAUGUGAAAAAUGUCCCACUUGCUGUGACCCCUGCAUUUCAAAACGGAGCUGUGUUGAAUGUCACCUGUCUCAGGCUGAUGGAUCAGUAGAGGAUUGCCAAGAAAAAUGCCUGACAGCUGAUUCCGUUGUCAAUCAAACUACAGAUUUUGACGAAAGCCAGUCCACCUACUGUUCUUUGAAAAGUACCAACGACUGCACCAUGUCUUUCCGUUUAAUUAAGCAUGAACAUGGAGGAUCGCUUCUAUUUGACCUCGAACAAACUGACUGUCCCUUGCCACCAAAUGUUUUUAUGAUAGUCUUGGGAAUUUCUUUGGCUAUCUUUGUUGUUGGAUUGGUUGUUCUCAGUAUCUGGAAGAUGCUUAUAUCCAUUCAUGACCGCAAGGAAGUAGCCAAAUUUGAAGCGGAACAAGCAAAAGCUAAAUGGCAAACAAGCACAAAUCCACUUUACAGGGGCUCAAUUUCCACAUUUAAAAACGUGACGUACAAGAAUCACGAAAAAAAGGGAUUCGCAACCUUUGGGUAUUGAUUUAUUGGACAAUAUUCACUAUCAGGCUUUGUCCUGCCCCCACCACGCUCUUCCAACUUUCUCUCCUCUAUUACAAUCACUGAAGAGGGAUCACGACCCAGAAUAUCAUGUCCUCCAGAGAUGCUGCUUGACCUGCUGAGCUACUCCAGCAUUUUGUGGGGGGGUUUUCCGUAAACCAGCAUCUGCUCAUCCUUGUAUCUCUCUCUUGAGGUGAAUGUUUACUUUGCUAUCGGUCCAAUUCAUGUUUUCUCCAGCAUACCCCUCUGCCACAUUGCGAACGUUGGACUUCGUCUAUGGAACUGAUGCACCACAAUGCUGAGAACUAUAUUCUGCACUCUGUAUCUUCCCCUUUGCUCCACCAAGCUCCAAGAGUUUGACGGGUUUAUUUUUACUGCUGGAGUACAAUGUUGGCAACUCUAAAGCAGCAGAAUGCUUCAACGUUGGAGGAGCUGGGCUGUUGAUGGACGUAAAGGAUUUAUGGCACUUCUUGGAAGAAGAGCUUGGGAGUUUUCUUGGGACCAAUCUUUAUCCAUGCAAAGCAUACAAGUUCCUCACUGCACCUCGGUACAUGUGACAACAAUGAACCUAAAUCUAAUCUAAUGAGACAAACCAAAUAUGUUCUCGACAUGAAGGAUUAAUUUGUAUUGUUCUGAAUGUACAUGAAGCGUUUUGGUCUGACAAAUUCUGCCGAUCUAGUGUAUAUCAUGGCAUCUAUCCAUAGCAAUACAACGCAUUCUUCAGACAGACUACAGCCCACAACGGGAUUACAUUUCUAACUCCCACAUGUUACAGUCAUGUGCUUAUACCACAAAAAUGCUUAGCAUUGCACUAGUACAGUCUCUAAUAGCAAAAAAAAGUUUUGAUAUGUUCUUCUCGAUGCUAGGAUUAUAAUUCUGAAUUAGUAACCUCCAUUGAGAAUAAUUAAACUCUACUGUUUAGACUUUGGAGAUACAACACCCGUACACUAGUUCUAUCCUACGCACUGGGACAAUUUACAAUAUUUUGCCAAAGCCGAUUAACCUACAAA